AUGUAUGAAUGCAAAACAAAAGACAAUAUAGGAAAUAAUUAUGUCGGGUACUGUUGUAAAAGAAAAUUAGUAAAAAUAAAAAAAAUUCAAAAAUACAAAAAUAAUUUUUUUAGAAAAAAAAUACCCAGUAAUAACAGAAAUAUAAAUGAUAAAACAAAAGCAACUAUAUUUUCUUUAAAUUUUUUGAAUAAAAUUAAUUCAUUUAAUGAAAUAAACAAAAAAAAAAUAAAAAAAAAGUCAAAAUAUUUUUCUGAACAUAAUAUUAUAUCAGUAAAAAAUGACCAAAAUGUUCAUGAAGAAAAUGAUAAACUUAAGAAAUCAAUUAAAAAAAAAUUACAUAAAGAAAAUUAUAUUAAUUUUGAAACACUGAAAAAAAAAAAAGAUAAACCAUAUUAUGACGAUUUGAAGAUAGUCAGAACAUAUCGCCAUAAACCCAGUUUUUUAAGUCAACUUUCAAAUUCUUCUAACUCUGAAGAAACAAAAUCCAUUUUAAGGGAAGUAAAUAAGAUAAAUGAAUUAGAAAAAAAAAAAUCUAAAUUAAAAAAUAUAGUCAAAAAGAAUAAGUCAUUAAAUGCUGAUAAAAUAAAAAUGGGAAGGUUUGUAGAAUAUUUUGAUAUGGGAGCAAUUUGCGAAACAAAUGAAGGAAAUAAUCAAAAUGAAAUUUAUAAAGAAAACAUAAAAUAUAUUAAUACCAAAUAUAAUCCAACAUAUCUCAAUUAUACAGAAAAAGAAGAAAAGAAUAAAACAAAAAAAAACAAAAAAUCUACAAAAUUCAAAAAUAGCUUAAGUGAUCUUGAUAAGUUAAACAAAAAUGAAAUACAAGAAAGCAAUAAAAAAAAUAUAAAGAAAAAGCAAUUAUUGAGUAAAAUGGAUGAUUUAUCUAACUGCUACAUAAUUAAUCAUAAACUAACUUUCAAUUGUGUACAAGGAAAAUUAGCAAAUAUAAUGAAAUUUAAUGAAACUAACCUACCUAAAAGAAAAAAAAUUAACUUUAUUGAAAAAAAUAAAAGAGAUUCCAAAAUAAAAUCUAAUUUUAAUCGAAUAGUAAAAUUUAUUGAAAACAAUGAUAUGCCAUUAAACAAUAAAUUUAAUAAUAAUAAAGAUACAAGCAAUCAAAAAAAUUUAAAUUUAAUAUGUAAUAAAAAAGUAUUAACAAGUAAAAUGAAUGGAAUUAUAAAUAAUUCAAAGAAUCAUUUACAAUCUUUUUUAAUUAAGUUAAAAUCCAUUAAUUCAGAUGAAAUUGAUUCCAUUAUCAAAGAUAAAAAUUAUGAAAAUAUUAUAAAAGAAAUACUAUAUCAUAACUGA